UAUAAUUCAUGGCUCUUGGUAUGCUCAAGAAUGAAAGUGACAAAAUGGUGGAUAAAAUAGAGGGAGGAAGCACCAAUAAAAUUGUCAAGAUUUUCAUCUUAUUCUUCAUUGUUGCUAUUUGUUGCCUUGUUCUUAAUUAUCAUUCAAACACAUACAUUUUAGAAUAUUUUCCAAAUUCAAACAACUCCAUUUUGUCUAAAAACUUAUCAACUUAUGACUCCUAUAUUAAUGGGAAGAAGAGCUCUAGACAAGAAAAUUAUCUAACUUAUUCAAAGAAGCAGAAAAUUAAAUUAAAGAAAGUGUUAAAAGAGGCAGCCAUGGGAGAUAAAACAGUAAUAAUAACAACACUAAAUGCAGCAUGGACAGCACCAAAUUCAAUUUUUGAUAUUUUUUUGGAGAGUUUUAGAAUUGGAAAUAAUACAAAAUCAUUAUUGAAGAAUUUAUUAGUUGUAGCUUUUGACCAAAUUGCUUAUUCAAGAUGCUUGGAGAUUCACACACAUUGCUAUGCAUUAAUCACCAAAAAUGUUGAUUUUUCUGGAGAAAAAAGAUAUAUGAGUGGUGAUUAUUUGAAGAUGAUGUGGAGGAGAACUGAUUUUCUAAGAAUUGUUCUUCAAAUGGGAUAUAGCUUCAUCUUUACGGAUGCAGAUAUAUUAUGGUUUCGACAACCAUUUGCACAUUUUUAUUCACAUGUCGAUUUCCAAAUUGCUUGUGAUUAUUAUCUACACAACUCAUCCGACCCGAAUAACUCUCCAAAUGGAGGAUUUAAAUUCGUGAAGUCAAAUAAUCAGACUAUACAAUUCUACAAGUUUUGGAACAAAUCAAGAAGAACUUAUCCAGGAAAGAAUGAACAAGAUGUGCUCAACAUAAUCAAAUAUAGUCCUUUUAUCAAAAAAAUUGGAUUGAAAAUGAGAUUUUUAGAUACUUCUUAUUUUGGAGGAUUUUGUGAACCUAGCAAAUAUCUUAAUUAUGUAUGCACAAUGCAUGCAAAUUGUUGUAUAGGUCUUGAUAACAAAAUACAUGAUUUAAGAAUGGCAAUUAAUGAUUGGAAAAAUUAUAUGGCUUUGCCAAAUGAUGAAAGGAAGUCAUAUAAAUAUACUUGGACUCUUCCAAGAAUAUGUGGAUAAAUGAUAUAUUUGAUCUUCUCAAUGAACAACUUUUUCUAUGUUUCAAUUUUUUUUUGUGCUAGGUG